GCCACCGACUUCCAUCCCCCGCCCCGGCGUGUCCGGCACUUUUAUAUGUCGCUCUCAUCCUCCCUCCUCUCCCCCAACACCCCCAGGCGUCUCCUCCCCCUCCUCCUCCCUCUCCGCCUCUCCUCCUCCUUCCCCUCCCCCAUCCCAAUGCCUCCCCGCCGCGACCACGGUAAGCAGCCGGACCAGAAAUGGAAGCCCAAGGCCACCUCAUCCGCCGCGCCCACCGCGGGCAUCCAGAAGAUGACCCUCGCGCCUGGGGCUUCGCCGCAAGGGGCGGCGCAGGUCUGGGUGCCCAGGGCCUACGCGACCUCGGCCUCCUCCUCCUCCUCCUCCUCCUCCUCGGUGCCGGUCGAGCAGGGCGCUGCGGCCGAUAAGCUCUCAGCUCUGUUCAAGGGGGCCGAGGACUUCGCGGUGGACGACAACACCUUCGUCGACGCGCAGAUCAGGGCCGCCUUCUACCCCAAAUUCGAGAACGAGAAGUCCGAUCAGGAGACAAGAAACCGGAUGAUUGAGAUGGUGUCGCAAGGAUUAGCUACAAUGGAGGUCACGCUUAAGCAUUCUGGAUCUUUAUUUAUGUAUGCUGGUCACCUUGGUGGUGCUUAUGCCAAGAACAGCUACGGAAAUAUAUACACAGCUGUGGGCGUUUUUGUUCUGGCCCGCUUGUUUCGUGAAGCUUGGGGGAAGGAAGCUCCUAAAAUGCAAGCAGAAUUCAAUGAUUGUCUCGAGAAAAACCGUAUAAGCAUUUCAAUGGAACUUGUCACGGCUGUAUUAGGAGACCAUGGGCAAAGGCCCAAGGAUGAUUAUGCCGUUGUUACGGCAGUGACAGAGUUGGGCCAUGGCAAGCCAAAAUUCUAUUCUACUCCAGAGGUGAUUGCAUUUUGUCGGAAAUGGCGCCUGCCAACAAACCAUGUCUGGCUAUUUUCCACAAGGGAAUCGGCCACUUCAUUCUUUGCUGCCUAUGAUGCAUUGUGUGAAGAGGGGACUGCCACACCUGUUUGCAAUACCCUUGAUGAAAUAGCUGAUAUAUCUGUACCAGGGUCGAAGGAUCAUGUUAUGGUGCAAGGUGAGAUACUUGAGGGUCUAGUUGCCCGUGUUGUCAGUCGUGAAAGUUCGGUUCAAAUGGAAGAAGUUUUGAAGAACUUUCCACAACCUUCACUAGAUGGAGGUCGAGGGGACUCCGGUUUAGGACCAAGUUUACGAGAAAUAUGUGCUGCUAAUAGGUCAGAUGAGAAGCAGCAAAUUAAAGCACUUCUUGAUAAUGUUGGGUCUUCAAUGUGUCCAGUCCACUGUGAUUGGUUUGGAAAUGGUGGUCUUGAGGCCCAUUCUCGAAAUGCUGAUAAAUCAGUUGUCACUCACUUUCUGCAAGCACAUCCCACGGACUAUGCAACUAAGAAAUUGCAGGAGAUGAUUCGUCUGAUGAAGCAGAAAAAUUUUCGUGCAGCUUUCAAAUGUUACUGGAAUUCCCAAAAAGUUGGUUCUCUUUCAAAUGAUAACUUGUAUUACAAAAUGGUUAUCCAUGUCCAUAGCGAUUCUGUUUUUAAACGCUAUCAGCAAGAGAUGAGGAAAAACCAAGGGUUGUGGCCACUGUACAGGGGUUUCUUUGUUGAUGUAAACCUGUUCAAGGCGAAUAAUAAGAAGGCUGCUGAACUUUCCAAAGAUAGCAACACUUUACUGAAAAAUAUUGAUGGUGCCUUGGAUCCAAGUUCAUCAACUAAAGAUAGUCUGGCCGACGAGGAUUCAAAUUUGAUGGUUAAACUAAAAUUUCUGACCUACAAGAUAAGGACAUUUUUAAUUCGAAAUGGCCUGUCCACCCUUUUCAAAGAUGGCCCGUCUGCUUAUAAAACUUACUACCUGAGGCAAAUGAAGAUUUGGGGAACAUCAGCAAGUAAACAGAAAGAGCUUACCAAAAUGUUGGACGAAUGGGCUGUUUACAUCAGAAGGAAGUGUGGGAAUAAACAACUGUCGUCAUCGACAUAUCUUAGUGAGGCAGAGCCAUUCCUUGAACAAUAUGCUAAACGCAGCCCUGCAAACCAAGCUUUAAUAGGGGCUGCUGGUGAUUUAGUUCAAACAGAAAACUUCUUGGCCAUACUUGAUGCACAGAGAGAUGAAGAGGGUGAUCUUCAGCGAGAAUGUGGGGCAGCUCCUUCUAGUCCUGCAUCGACAUCCCUGGAUGUUGUUUCGAAAACUGAGGGCCUUAUUGUCUUCUUUCCUGGUAUACCCGGUUGUGCAAAGUCUGCUCUAUGUGAGGAAAUAUUAAACACUCCUGGUGGCCUUGAUGAUAGUCGCCCUGUUCAUAGCUUGAUGGGAGAUCGUAUUAAAGGGAGAUACUGGCAAAAGGUUGCUGAUGAGCGGAAGAAGAAACCAUUUAGAAUAACCCUAGCUGACAAAAAUGCACCAAAUGAGGAAGUGUGGCGGCAGAUUGAGGAUAUGUGUGGGACCACAAAGGCUGCUGCUGUUCCUGUUAUUCCUGAUUCUGAAGGCACCGAUUCAAAUCCAUUUUCCCUUGAAGCUCUUGCUGUUUUCAUGUUUCGUGUACUCCAACGGGUCAAUCAUCCGGGAAAUCUGGACAAAGCAUCACCAAAUCCUGGCUAUGUUUUGCUAAUGUUUUACAACCUCUAUGAUGGCAAGAGUCGAAGAGAAUUCGAAAGCGAGUUGUAUGAGCGUUUUGGCUCCUUGAUCAAGAUGCCUCUCCUGAAACCAGAUAGAGCUCCGUUGCCUGGUGAUGUGAAGGGUAUCUUGGAUGAGGGAAUCAGUUUAUUCAGACUGCAUCAAAGCAGGCAUGGAAGAGCGGAACCAUCAAAAGGUUCAUAUGCUAAAGAAUGGGCACAGUGGGAGAAAAGGCUGCGUGUGAUCUUAUCGGGGAAUGCUAAUUAUCUUACCUCCAUUCAGGUUCCAUUUGAAGUUGCGGUGAAAGAAGUACUGGAACAGUUAAAGGCUGUUGCGAAAGGUGAUAUCAAAACACCUGAUACUGCGAAGCGGAAGUUUGGAAAUAUUGUUUUCGCUGCUGUUACGGUACCCCAGGCAGAUAUAUUGGGCCUUCUCCGUAAGUUGGGCGAGAAUGACAGUGAUGUCAACAACUUUCUCAACGGCAUAAAAGUGGAGGAUAACCUGAGCAAGGCUCAUGUCACCCUUGCCCACAAAAGAGCUCAUGGUGUGGCUGCAGUUGCUAGCUAUGGAGUCUACCAGAACCAGGAAGUCCCUGUAUCGUUUAGCGCCUUCCUCUACACCAACAAGAUGGCUGCUCUUGAGGCGAAGCUUGGAGCAGUAAAUGGUGAGAAUGUAAAUUCCAGGAACGAAUGGCCACAUGUUACUCUUUGGACAGCCCCUGGUGUUGCAGCAAAGGAGGCAAACGCGCUGCCGCAGCUAGUUUCAUCAGGACAGGCGAAACGAGUGCUGAUCGACCCUCCGAUCACAAUCUCAGGAGUUAUGGACUUUUACUGAUUUCCUAUCUUGAUUCUAGCAUUUUGUGGCAUAGAAUACUUGCUGAGAGUGUUGUAAAUGUGUCCGAGUUUUAUACCACAAAAUUUUCAACGUA